UGUCCGGAUACCGCGCCUUCGACAAUGGUGCACGACAAUAUAUAUUGUCUCUGCCAUCGGUAUCCGGCGUGUCUUUGGGUGACCAGGAUGGCAGACGACCGAACGAGCGCAGCUGGCCGCACGGAAGAAGAACCAUGCAGCGCGACGUCGACGCCCGCGGGCGCUUCCUCACGCGCAUCGUCGCCGUGAUUGCCGUCUUCUUCUUCACAAGUGGUAGCAUCGUGCUGUACCUGGUCACGGCGCCAGGCUUGACGUCGGUGGAAACCGUGCAGCUUUUGCCCACCGUACCAACGAUCGUGAUCGCCGGCGACUCGCUCACGCAGUAUGGCCUCGACCCAACGGUACUUGGCUACCAUACACUGCUGGCGCAAAGCUACAUGCGCCGCGCUGAUGUGCUCAACCGAGGCUUUGCCGGCUGGACCACGGGUGACUUUUUGGCCGCCGCCGUGCCGCCCAUGAUCGCCGAGAUGGCGCCGCCGUUGCUGUUGACGCUGCUGCUCGGUACGAACGACGCCGUCUUGCCCGGCAACUUGGGCCAUGCGAGCGUCGCCACGUACGCAUCCAAUCUCGACGCGAUUCUCACGGCGUUCCAAACCGCCUUUCCGUCGACCAAGCUGUUGCUGCUGACGCCGCCGCCCGUCGUCGACGCGGUGCAAGCGGGCCAGCACUCGAACGCGGUCCUCGCCGCCUACGUCCGCGGCUGCAAGCAAGUGGGUGCGGCCCGCAACGUCCCCGUCCUCGAUCUCUUUGGCAGCUGGCGCAACUCGACGGCGACGGCGUCCUAUUACAUUCGCGAUGGGAUUCACUUGACCGUCGCUGGCAACCGCGCCCUGCACGAGCUGCUCUUGCAAGCCAUCGCGUCGUCGUACCCGGCGCUCGCGCCAAAUGCGCUGCGCACGUUUUAUGAGCGUCAAAAGUAGGAUCAAUUCGCAAAUCAGACUACGCGUUUUUCACAGAUGUAGAACAAAAGCAUUAUCACUAUCACAUAGUUUGAAUUUGUAUUUCCUAGGAAAGAAAUGCGUAGCGCGU